ACAGGAUCCUAAAAAUCAACUUAAGCUCUACAAAUCGUAAAUCAGAGCCUCCAAAAUGGACAUGGACAAUUUUACCAAUGAGUCCACCUGUGCGUCGGAAAACGUUACCGUUGAACCGUAUUCCGUCACGAACCAGUUCAGACUGCCUGAAUGGCAGGUAGCACUCUGGACUCUUCCUUACACAGCCAUCGUGCUGGCGGCCAUCGUGGGAAACAGCAUCGUGAUCUGGAUCGUGUUUGCCCACGCCAACAUGCGGACCGUCACCAACUACUUCCUCGUCAACCUGGCCUUCGCCGACGUCAGCAUCGCCAGUUUCAACACCAUCUUCACCUUCACUUUCUCCGUCACUGGGGACUGGUACUACGGUAAGUUCUACUGCUACUUCAUGAACUUCGUUCCCACCACGGCAGUGUCGGCGAGUAUCUACACCCUCACGGCGAUCUGCCUGGAGCGCUACAUUGCCAUCGUCCACCCGCUGAAGCCUCGGAUGAGCAGAAUGUGCGCCAAGUCCGUCAUCGCUGCCAUCUGGCUGUGCGCUGCCACCGUUAACGUCCCUCUGUGCGUGUAUUCUCACUUCUACACGUUCACGUACGGAGAAGAGGAGUGGUCUGUCUGCCGAUUCCAAUGGCCGAAUGACAACGUCCAGUUCUGGUACGAUGUUGGUCUGAUGAUCGUGAACUACUUCAUGCCGUUGUUGGUGAUGGCGGUGGCCUACACCAUCGUGGGCUUCACCCUGUGGGCCGGCAAGAUCCCGGGAGAGGCCACCCAGCGCCACGUGGAGCAGAUGAAGGCUAAGAGAAGGGUUGUGAAGAUGAUGGUGAUCGUGGUGGUGACGUUCUGUGUCUGCUGGCUGCCGUACCACGUGUACUUCCUGAUCGACUCCAGCUACAAGGAGUGGAAACACAUCCAGCAGGUGUAUCUCGCCGUCUUCUGGCUGGCUAUGAGCAACUCCAUGUACAACCCCUUCAUCUACUGCUGGCUCAACAAAAGAUUCCGGUACGGGUUCCAGACGGCGCUGCGCUGGUGCCCGGGCGUCCCGUCCCCGAAGGACCCCUGCGACUCCAGCCUGAAGAUGAACCGGUUCACCAAGAGCACGAGCACGCAGCUCAGCACCAUGCGCGUCGUCAGCACCGUCCACAAGAGCACCUCCUCCAGUAGCCGUAUCGCGCGCCGGGUUAGCGAGACCAGCGUCGUGUGAACGGCAAGGGACAAAACUACACAUGUAGUCACUGAGUAAAGAGACUCUUUUUACACAACCAAGUCUUUUAUUCAG